AUGGCGAUGGUGGCAUGGAGAAACACCGAGGGCGUCGGGGACGCGCAGGGGACCCUCUCCUCCCCGGUCGCAUCGCUGUCUCUGCCCGCGGAACUGACGGCGCACAUGAACCCGGUGUCCUCCCUGGAAAUACCCUCCUCGGCGGCGGCGGCACACCAGGGCGCACCGCCGCCCAAUGCGUCCGGCAUCGCCGCCGCGACCACCACCGUCAACAAUAACAACAACAACACGUCCUCGUCCUCGUCCUCGUCCUCGUCCAUGGACAAGCAGCAGAGCCAGCACAUCGAGUGCAUCGUGUGCGGGGACAAGUCCAGCGGGAAGCACUACGGACAGUUCACGUGCGAGGGAUGUAAGAGCUUCUUCAAACGCAGCGUCAGGAGGAACCUGUCCUACACCUGCAGGGCCAACAGGACCUGUCCCGUAGACCAGCACCACCGCAACCAGUGCCAGUACUGUCGCCUCAAGAAAUGCCUCAAAGUCGGCAUGAGGAGGGAAGUUAUUUCUUUCUAUGCAGCUGUCCAGAGGGGCAGACUUCCUACCCAGUCUUAUCACGGCCAGUUUGCUCUGACAAACGGAGACCCCUUGCAGUGUCAUUCCUAUCUAUCGGGAUACAUCUCUCUGCUGCUGCGGGCCGAGCCCUACCCGACCUCCAGGUUCGGCUCCCAGUGCCUGCAGGGCAACAACAUCAUGGGCAUCGAGAACAUCUGCGAGCUGGCCGCCCGGAUGCUCUUCAGCGCCGUGGAGUGGGCCCGCAACAUCCCUUUCUUCCCGGACCUGCAGGUGACGGACCAGGUGGCCCUGCUGCGCCUCACGUGGAGCGAACUGUUCGUCCUGAACGCCGCGCAGUGCUCCAUGCCCGUGCACGUCGCGCCGCUGCUCGCCGCCGCCGGCCUCCACGCUUCCCCGAUGUCCGCGGACCGGGUGGUGGCCUUCAUGGACCACAUCCGGGUCUUCCAGGAGCAGGUGGAGAAGCUCAAGGUGCUGCACGUGGAUACUGCGGAGUACAGCUGCAUCAAGGCCAUCGUUCUGUUCACCACAGAUGCCUGUGGUCUGUCGGACGUGACGCAUGUGGAGGGUCUGCAGGAGAAAUCCCAGUGUGCUUUAGAGGAGUAUGUGAGGAGCCAGUAUCCCAACCAGCCGAACAGGUUUGGAAAGCUGCUGCUCCGCUUGCCUUCCCUCCGCACCGUCUCUUCCUCUGUCAUAGAGCAGCUUUUCUUCAUCCGUCUCGUGGGGAAAACGCCCAUAGAAACUCUGAUAAGGGACAUGCUGCUGUCCGGGAGCAGCUUCAACUGGCCGUACAUGCCUAUACAAUAG